GGGCGGGCUUAGGCGGUGCCGCGCCAACCAAAACAACGACACGCCCCGGCAGCCCUUGCGCCCGCUCCCGGCCGCCACCAUCACCAUCGCCGCCACCCGGCGGGGCCCGCUCGGGGCGCGAAGCGGGCACGGAGACCCGCCGCCACCGCCGCCAUGAAGCUUCGCGUGCGGGUGCAGAAGCGAACGGCUCCGCUGGAGGUGCAAGGGGCGGAGCCAACGCUGGGGGAGCUGCGCGCGCAGCUGCGCCGGGCCCUGCUGCCCGCCUGGGGGUACAGUUCUGAUACCAAGUUUUCAAUAACAUUGAACAGAAAAGAUGCUCUCACAGAAGAUCAGAAGACCUUAGCUUCAUAUGGGAUUGUUUCUGGUGAUUUGAUAUGCUUAUUACUAGAAGAAGCAGAUGGACAACCCAGCCUACCUCCUCCUCCUCCGCCUUCUACUCCUCCCCCACUUGAGAAUGGUCAUGAGCCGUCCACCUUGAUCCCCAACAAAAGUCAGGCCCACAGACUGAAAGAAGAAGGGCAGAAUGAGCAAUCUGACAACCAGAAAGCUCAGCUGGAAGUUCAAAAGAGUGAUGAGAGGGCAGGAUCCAGCCUAGAAUUUCCUUCUGAAUUAGUCCCAGAACAUGUUGACCUGGAAGAAGGAACAGGUUCCUAUCCCUCUGAACCCAUGCUGUGCAGUGAAGCUGCUGAUGGUGAAAUACCACAUUCCUUAGAGAUGCUCUACCUUUCUGCUGAGUGUACCAGUGCCACUGAUGCCUUGAUUGUUCUAGUACACCUUCUCAUGAUGGAGACAGGCUAUGUACCUCAGGGGACAGAAGCCAAGGCAGUGUCUAUGCCAGAGAAAUGGAGAGGGAAUGGUGUUUAUAAGCUACAGUACACACAUCCCCUUUGUGAAGAAGGUUGUGCUGGUUUGACUUGUGUGCCUUUGGGAGAUCUUGUUGCUAUUAAUGCAACAUUAAAAAUCAACAAAGAGAUUAAAGGUGUGAAGAGAAUACAACUAUUGCCAGCAUCCUUCAUUUGCUUUCAGGAGCCAGAAAAGGUUGCAGGUGUUUACAAAGACCUUCAGAAAUUAUCCCGUCUCUUUAAAGACCAGCUGGUUUACUCUCUUCUGGCUGCUGCCCGACAAGCUCUGAACUUGCCAGACGUGUUUGGGUUAGUGGUCCUUCCUCUUGAGCUCAAGCUUCGGAUUUUCAGACUUCUGGAUGUCCGUUCACUCAUCUCUCUUUCUGCUGUUUGCCGUGAUCUUUACACGGCUUCCAAUGACCAGCUUCUGUGGAGGUUUAUGUAUCUGCGAGAUUUCCGAGAUCCUAUUGCAAGGCCUCGUGACACGGACUGGAAAGAACUAUACAAGAAAAAGUUGAAACAGAAGAAGGAGGCCCUACGAUGGAGACACAUGAUGUUUCUGCCCCCUACACCUCAUCCAAUCCCCUUUCAUCCCAACCCAUUCUAUCCUAAUCCCUUUCCUCCCAACCCAUUCCCAUCAAACCCAAUCUAUCCCCCAAUGAUUAUUGGUGGAGAAUAUGAUGAGAGACCAGCACUUCCAUAUGUUGGAGACCCAAUUAACUCACUCAUUCCUGGCCCAGGAGAAGCACCAGGCCAGUUUCCUCCAUUCAGACCACACUUUGACCCAAUUGGUUCCUUGCCUGGAGCAAACCCAACGCUUCCAGGACGAGCUGGUCCCAAUGACAGGUUUCCACCUAGACCCAGCCGGGGCCGCCCCAUGGACAUUCGCCGUGCGUUCAUUUGAUUGCUGCUUUUUCCUUCAGUGAGUUUUCUAGUCCCCGAGCUUGCUUUCUAACUGCAGGAGAUUGCAAAUCCCAGGCACUAACAUCUGCCUUCUCUUCAGAUUGUGGCAAGAACGUGUGUGCAUGGUAAUGCUUCAACCACAAAGGUUGGGUUUAGUUUAUGCUCUGGUAGUACUGUACCACCUGACACUAAGGUCUACUUCAUGAAGAGCUACAACUUAGGACAGUUUGUUCUUCUUCCCCCGCUUUGCUCUUAAUCAUCUGUGAAGUGCUACUUAGAGACCAGAAGGAUACAGGCCAAAUAUUUGCUGCAUCAGAUAAAGAGCACUUUAAAUACAAACCAUAUACUUGUCUGUCUUAUUUGAAGAUUUUAUUGAAUUGCCAGGAAAAAUGAUGUUGUUUAAAAUCUACCUGGCUACUAAUCUUUAUUAACAAAAAAAUCUACCGUGUUCCACAUAGAACAGGGUACUACCGCUGUUAUGGUAGACGUGCGUUCAUGGAAAUUUUCAAAGAUGACAUUUCCUUUUCCCUUUAAUGUUUUAUUAGGUAAAAAGCAUUUUUGUAUUGUUACUUAAUACACAAAGAAUACAGGGAAGGGAUUUUCUUUACAAUGGAAAUAUUAGAACACAAUUUUGUUUUACAAACAACUGAGUAAAGUCAUGCUACAGUGCAAGUCUGAACAGAAGCAGAGCAAUUUUACAAAGAACCAGCAGCAAAACUUUUGUCUUUCUCCUUGACUUUAGAAAUAAGGAGCUGUAGUACAUGGCUGCGUUUACUGUGUGUGAACUAAAGCUGGUGCAAAAAUAAACAUUUCCUCUUGCCUAACUUACUUAAGGAAUUAAAUAGGUUAACCUGAUUGCAGUGGAAAUGGGAUCACAGUAGGAGAAGCAGAAUGAGUUCUCCCUUUACUGCAGUAAGCUCCAUUUAAUUCCAUUACUUCAGUAUCAAAAUAUAUCUUGCCAAGAGGAAAUGUGUUGUAGCAUGUUAUGAGCACCUUUCAAGUCUUGUCUUACUAACUAAUGAGCAACUCACAAGACCACUGUUAAAGUCUCCUGAUGAGAUCUGCAGGCUGAUGCUGGAGCUCAAUUAAAGGAAGACUGGAAUGACUACACUUUGCUAGAACAUUUUGUUUCUUACGUAUUUUUUUAAGAUGGAUUGAUCUUAGUGUUUCUAUAAAUGUACAUGGUACUGAUGACUGUUGUGACAGCUGAUACUAUUUUCUAAAAUCUUUCUGAAAUUCCAACUGUGGAAAUGGAAUGACAUUUCCUGUUAAAUACAAGCUAGUUAAUCAGUAAUACUUAUGUGCUUUUUCAGGUGAUAUUUCAGUGAUUCAUCUUCUUGUUUUGUAUAAAAUCAGCUGACUUCAAGUAGGGUCACGAAGCUUUGCCAUUAACUCCAGUGGAAGUAAAAUAUAAUACUUUAUUUUGCUGUCAGAAGUUGUAUGGCUUCUUUCUUCCCUUUUCUACUUCACAGCAAUGGCAUACCAGUGCAAAUCCUGCCAUAAUUAAACACCUAAGAGCGUGUCUUCGUAGAGUCUGGGAACGUUGGCUUCCCUUCAAUACCAAGAGUAGCCUUAAUUUUUAACAUUCGCCUCCAGUGGUUGAAUUGCCUCGUUCCAACAGAAUUCUCACUGAAGUGUAUAGUCUGGCCUCUUAAAGCUUGCAGUGAUUCUUUCGAAUCCACUGGCUAUGAAAAGGAGAAGGGAAAUCUACACUGUGUUGGUCUUGCACCAUUUUGCCCUUGUGAUGAGUGCUUCAGAAAUGCAUGCAUAAUACUCAGAUAAGGUUAUGCAGCUUUAACUGAUAAAAUAAUUUGUAACUUUCCACUUUUUUUUUUUUUUAAAGCUAUUUCUGGGAACAAUGAUUUCUAUGUGUGUGAGAUGUUAAUUUUGUGGUGCCAAUGAUACUUGCGUUACCCGUGCCUUGAUGACAGCCCUGUUGCUUGCUCUGCUGAUGUGCCCCAUGCUGCUCUGGAGUUGGGCCCUCUCUGACAUGAAGACAACCUCCUCAUGCUCCUGCCAGGCUGGUUCCACAGGUUGUUUGUCCUGGAUUUUGUCAUUGGAAUGUUUGGUUUUGAAGAAAUGAACUCAGCCUUUUUACAUAUACAUCACUAAGUGACCUGAAGAGAUUCCUUCCCUUUCUUCACUGUUCCUUCACAACGUAGUAAAGGUAUUUUGAGCCAAAGAUAAAGGAACCUGACUUACCUUCAACUGUCAAGUUCCUAAAGAGGAGUUCCCUUUAUUCAUAAAACAGGAUAUGAAAUAUAAAGUGCAUGUCUUGGGACAAACAGUGUAAAAUUACAAGAUAAACCAGAGGAAAUACUUGAAAACUAGCUGUUUGUUUUGUUUACUCAUCAGCUCCUAAGUCAGGUAUGUGUAUCGUCGUUUGCGAACUCAUAGAAGAGACAUCACAGAGGAUGAAAUGCCUGAAGAUGGGCAUUUCUUAUCUGUACCCAGCACUGUGAGGGUUGCUACUAACAGUCACUUGGAAAUGAGGAACUGUUGUCCUUGGCUUUUCUACUUACUGUUUUAUCUUAUUUGUGAAAAUUAAAUCAACCAGAUGAAGUAACUGGGUCAUAUGCAGGGUGUAAGGUCUUCUGUACCUGCCUGUGAUUAGUGAAAGAGAAGAAAAUACCACUGCAGUUACAAGCAGGACUGCUUUUCUUCUGAACCUUAGCUUUAUACAAGACUUUGAGUUGCAUGGGAACAUAAGUGACAUUCCUCUUGAAAUACCACACCUUUACAAGAAAGUCAAGAUGUUUCUUGGUCUAUAUCUAAACAGCAAAAUGUAAACCAGUUUUCCAGGUGGUGGAUGUGAGUGGGUGUCAUAGCUGCAUCCCAGCUCCUCCUUGGGCUGGAUCCAAACGUGCAAAUCUAUUCAUGUUUCCUGGCUUCCUUGUGAAGAAAGUUAAAGUAUGCAGGAUGAAAGGGAAGCUCUGACGGGUGCUCGGUUUUCACAGCUGUGUGAGAAAGAUCCCAAGGCAUGCUGCAGGGCAUGUCUGCCCUGUGACUUAAAUGUAACUUCUGUUGA